AUGGGAGCAGCUGUGUGUCGGGAGGAGGUGAAGGAGGAGAAGAGGAGGAGCGUAGGGCGGGAGGAGAAUCUGACGUCAGCGGACAGAAUUCGUCGAUUCAUCGUCAAACAGUUUGGAUACAACGUCCUGAGUCUGGCUCGCCGCGGAAUGAAGGAAGCUCCUGAUGAAUUGUGGGAGCUGCUGGAGUUGGAGAAGUUGAAUCUGUCUCUGAACAGUCUGAAGGUUCUCCCUCCUCAGCUUGCCUUGCUAUCCAACCUGGUUGUCCUCAACCUUUGGGGUAACCAGCUCAGCAGCCUGCCUGCAGAGAUUGGUCAGCUGAGGAAACUGAGGGUUUUGUUCGCUUACAGAAACAGACUGAGUGAAGUUCCUGAGGAGCUGGGAGCCUGUACACAGCUGGAGGUUUUGAGUCUGGCCAAUAACCAGCUGUCCUCGCUGCCCGCCUCCCUCUCCAACCUGACCCGACUACGGAAACUCAACCUCAGUCACAACCACGUCGCUCACAUCCCGGGCUGUGUCUACAACAUGAAGGCUCUGGUGUUCCUUCACCUGGCCUGUAACCGUCUGGAGAAUCUGGCAGAGAACAUCCAGGCUCUGGUGGAGCUUAAGAUCCUGAUCGUGGAGGGAAAUAGCCUCCACACUCUGCCAAAGGCCCUCUGCUGCCUCACCAGGUUGGAGUUACUGAAUCUGGACUUUAACGACAUUAAAGACGUCCCUCAG